AUGUCUCUUAAUCAGAAAAUGAUGGCUCAAUGGGCCAGUUCUCGCAAAAUCAAUCUAAAUGCGACGCCCCCCGUAGUGAUAUCGGAGACGGACGGAGGAGCCGAGCUCAAAGUAGGCGACCAAAGUAAGAAUAUACCAGAAUCAAAGAGCACCAAUGAGACACCAGUCGAAACUUCAACGAGUACAGCUCGUAAAAGGAAGCCUACCUUUACAAGAGACGAGUUUCCCUCCAAAAAGCCCAAAGGCUCAGCUGCGACCGCAAAAACAUAUCCACCACCAAGUAUACGUCUUUCAGACCUCGGAGGAGUGCAAAACUGCGUCGAGAAACUUCUCGAGCUCGUCGCGAUGCCACUACGCCAUCCCGAAAUUUAUCUCCACACUGGGGUGCAGCCUCCCAGAGGUGUUCUCCUCCAUGGACCUCCGGGUUGCGGUAAAACACUGCUCGCAAAUGCAAUCGCUGGUGAGCUCCAGGUGCCAUUCAUCAGUAUAUCCGCGCCCUCUAUCGUCUCCGGAAUGUCUGGUGAAUCGGAGAAAACUCUUCGAGAGACAUUUGAAGAGGCAAAGAAAAAUGCCCCCUGCAUUCUCUUCAUAGACGAAAUUGACGCUAUAACUCCCAAACGUGAGAGUGCUCAGAGGGAAAUGGAGCGGCGCAUAGUCGCCCAAUUUCUCACUUGCAUGGAUGAUUUAUCCUGGGAUAAAACGGACGAUAAAGCUGUCAUGAUUAUCGGCGCCACUAAUCGACCGGAUUCGCUGGAUGCUGCUUUGCGACGGGCCGGUCGGUUUGACCACGAGAUUGGAAUGAACGUUCCAGAUGAAGAAGGGAGGGUACAAAUAUUAAAAGUCUUAUGCGCGAAACUCAGACUUGAUGGUGAUUUCGACUUUAAAUCAUUGGCGAGACAAACUCCAGGUUAUGUCGGAGCUGAUUUGGCAGCACUUACGGGCGCGGCAGGAGUGAUCGCGGUCAAACGCAUCUUUCAAGAAAUCGCCGACGGAAAACUUCAGAUACCGACUGCACUAGAAGUAGCACAACCAGAUGAAACUAUGCUGCUUGAUGGGGUUGAUGACCCAACAGAAAAACUCGACAAUGUUGCUCCAUCGACGUUUUCAGUCGCACAACUUGGUACCAUGCUUCCCACCUCUUCUCCGACUUCGAGCUCACUGGCUAAUUUUCUAAUGGCGUAUCCACUUCCACUGACUCCUGAGCAACUCGAGCCACUCCAUAUCACGUUUGCAGACUUUGAGACUGCUCUCCCAACCAUCCAACCCUCUUCCAAGCGAGAAGGAUUUGCGACAAUACCCGACGUAACUUGGGCAGACGUUGGAGCUCUUCACGGGGUUCGUGAGGAACUACACAUGACCAUUGUGCAGCCAAUCCUCAGACCCGAGCUGUUCCGCUCAAUUGGUAUUGAUGCCCCCGGUGGCGUGCUCCUGUGGGGACCUCCGGGCUGCGGCAAGACUCUGCUUGCCAAGGCGGUGGCGAACGAAAGCAGGGCCAAUUUUAUCAGUGUAAAAGGACCUGAAUUGUUGAACAAGUACGUUGGCGAGAGCGAACGAGCCCUUCGUCAGGUAUUUAGUCGAGCCAGGGCAUCAUCUCCAUGUAUCAUCUUCUUUGAUGAGCUCGAUGCAUUGGUACCCCGUCGAGACGACUCGCUGUCUGAAUCCUCAGCCCGCGUCGUCAACACGCUCCUCACCGAACUGGAUGGCUUGGAUUCGAGAAAGGGAGUGCAUGUCAUUGCUGCAACCAACAGGCCCGAUAUGAUUGACCCUGCCAUGUGCCGUCCUGGAAGACUUGACAAGUUACUUUAUGUCGACCUCCCCACACCAGACGAACGCGUAGAGAUAUUCAAGGCGCUUGCUCGCAGACUUCCCAUCCAAGAAGAUGAGUUAGUUCAAGCGGCUAUCCUUGACUUUGUGCAUGGAGAGAGAUUCGAGGGAUUCAGUGGUGCCGAUCUCGCCGCCCUUGUACGUGAAGCUGGCGUCACUUCUCUUAGGAGGACAAUCACUGCCUGGGAAUCCGUCCCCGUCUUCCAGGGAGCGGAAGAAUCAGGUUUAAAAGUCAUCGUAUCGUACGAUGACUUUGAUAACGCUGCAAAGAAGAUUGGGCCUAGCGUCUCAGCGGCUCAGCGAAGAAAGUACGAGGCACUUCGCUCAAAGUUCGCGGGUGCAGUACCCACUGUCAAAGUUCCAGAAGACGGAGUUGUUAAUUAG